AUGCUUACUCGCUGGCUAGUUCUUGCCACCUUCCCCUUUAUUGCACUCUUCCUUUUCCUCUUCCUCUUCUUCUCCUACAACAUCAGUACUAAGACUACUGCCCUAGCUUCCUAUGGCAAUGCCAUGGUUGUCCCUCCAGCCCACCCGCGGCCCGCUUUCAGCCUUUUGAUUGGUAUCCUAACCCGGGCUGAUUACCAUGAGCACCGCCACUUCCUCCGCCUCCUCUAUGGCAUCCAAUCUUCUCCCAUUGCUGAAUUCGACGUGAAGUUUGUCUUUUGCAAUCUCACUAAGGUCGAGCAACGUAUGCUCAUCGCACUGGAGGUUAUUAGGUUCAAUGACAUUAUCAUCCUCAAUUGUUCUGAGAACAUGAACUCCGGGAAGACAUACACCUACUUCUCUUCUCUACCCCACAUUCUCUCCCGCCAAUAUGACUACGUCAUGAAGGCUGAUGAUGAUGUUUACCUAAAGGUAGACAAGCUGGCAGCUUCAUUGAAGCCGUUGGAGAGGACCGAUUUGUAUUAUGGCUUCGUCAUCCCUUGCACUAGCCAAAAUCCGUUUGUCGAUUACAUGUCUGGCAUGGGAUUCGUGUUGUCGUGGGACCUAGUUGAAUGGAUAGCUGAAUCGGAUAUCCCAGCCAAUGAUACGGUGGGGCCUGAGGAUAAGUUGGUUGGGAGAUGGUUGAAGGUUGUCAACAAGGGGAAGAACAGGUUUAGCGAUAAGCCGGCAAUGUAUGAUUAUCCUGGGUCGAAUGGGCGGUGCUCACACGAGCUCAUACCGGAGACGGUGGUGGUGCACCGGCUCAAGAGGUGGGAUAGAUGGUUGCAUGUGCUAAGGUUCUUCAAUGUAACCAAGGAGCUUAAACCAUCUAAGCUUUACCAUUUUGAUUGAACUUUGAGAUUUUGAAUGUGGGGUUGAAAUUAUUGGAUUUUUUGAUUAUCUGUUUUUC